UACCAUACUCCAAGUUGUGUAUAUACACAAAAAGUUAAACUGGAGAUGGCUGUGCCCAAGCUAGUCAUUAUCCUAUGUGGCAAAAGGAAGAGUGGGAAGGACUAUGUGGCUGCCAGACUAAAGGAAAUACUAGCUCUAGGAGACUCUCUCAGUGUGUUGAGGCUUUCUAAACCACUCAAGGAACAGUUUGCAAAGGACCAUGGACUUGACCUGGAGAAGCUAAUGGAUUCAAGCUCGUACAAAGAGAAAUAUCGACAGGACAUGAUCACAUGGAGCGAGAUGAUACGCGACAAAGACCCGGCCUAUUUUUGUUGUCUAGCAACUGAAGGAGCUGAUAAACCUGUUUGGCUGGUUUGUGAUGCUCGUCGGCCGUCUGAUAUGAGUUACUUCAAGAGCAAGUACAACGGACGGACACUGUGUGUGAGGGUGGUGGCCAGUGAGGAUGUGAGAGUUGUGAGGGGGUGGGCGUUCACGGCGGGAGUUGAUGAUGCCCCCUCGGAAUGUGCCCUAGACAACUACCAAGUGGACAUGACUAUCGUUAACGACGAUGGAGACGAUUUAAGUCAACAGUUGGAAGCCAUCAGAACUAAAGUUAAACGAACAACAACGUAGUAGCUGCAUGACUGUACAGUGUGUGUUUAUGUCUUCCAAUUUCACCUUUUUUACUAUAGCUAGUAUUAGUUAGCAUUAAUGUUUAUGAGUGUCAUAUAAAAAUAACAAUUUUUAGUACAUGUACAAGAA